ACCAUCUUACGGAUCUUCCAUAACUUCCCAUCUUCUUCCCGUCAGCCUCCACAAACUCCAAAACAUACAAAUACUCUUCAGAUAUCCGCGAGAGUUUUCAUAUGUCAUUCUUCAUCCGAUCUCUUCCACGAUUACCAAAAACUUAUAAUCGCUCCGUCUUCUUGCAAUCUAUAAACAAAAGAGCUUUUCAUCAAUCCAUCGCAAAUAUGGGUGUUCACAACAUUGCCAACGCAACUGAAUUCAAGUCUGCUCUUACUGAUAACCAAGUCGUUGUUCUCGACGCCUUUGCAACAUGGUGUGGUCCUUGCAAGGCCAUCGCUCCUAGAGUUGCUAAGCUCUCGGAAGACUACCCCGCCGCCCAUUUCAUCAAAAUCGAUGUCGAUGAGUUGCCAGAGGUAUCACAAGAGCUUGGUAUCAGAGCUAUGCCUACCUUUAUAGUUUUCAAGGGAAAUGAGAAGGUUGCAGAGGUUGUAGGUGCCAACCCUGUUGCGUUGGAAAAUGCUAUCAAAGAAGCUGUUGAAGGGGUUGAGUCUAAGGCUUAGAAGGGGUGUUUGUGAUGAUUGAGGAGUGAGGGGAUGGGGAUAAAGGAUUGAAAGGAAUUUUAUACACAUGGGUAGAAUAUCGUGUCCAAGGGGACUAGACCGCAUGGUUUAUUUUGGGUUCUGGUAUGUGGAGGAUGGGAAAUCAACGUAUGAAUUGAUGCAUUAGAAAGAUGUGAUUUGAAUUUAGGAUUCUUCUUGUGAAUGAGCUAUGAAUGAUUGGGAUGAAUUCACUCGGUUUUCGCGUAGUCUUCAUUAUAUUGUGAGGUCUCUGACCGAUAUUAAUCACAUGGGAAGUUUCCCUUACCUAGGAGAAAAAACGCGCAACCGCCAUGAAAAGUUGGAACAAACAUCUCCCAACCCCUUUCGCAUUAAUGCAGAGAGCCCGAGCAUUUUGUAACUCGAUACCAUGCACUUCCAUCCGUCUUAUGGUUGUUACCUGAGCUACCUUUCUCGACCUGUUGGUAGAUUGUACAGGCCGCUCAUUUAUGUCGAUAGGUUGAAAUGGAUUGACCGAUCUUGACCUCGACCUUGACCUCAACCUGGGUUGACCACCACUCUUCUGGUCUGUGGCAUAGGAAUAGAUGCGGAUCUGUGUUUCAUCGUGUGUGCUUUUUUUUUUACCCCUGGUUGGAUUGAUGGUCGAUUGGUCAGCUGGUUGGUUGGUUGUUGGUUGUUGGUAAAUGAGGAGGGGGAGGGGGGAGAGAAAAGACGAAAAAAGAAAGAAAGGUGAGGGAGCGAGGGUAUUUGCUGAGGGUUUUUUGGGAUAGGAGUUGCUUCUUGAUGGUUACUGCGUAUUAGGACUGAGCUGAAGUUUCACGGAAAGUGGUACUGUAGGUUGGCUUCCUGGGCUGAGAUUGGAGAGAUGGGGUGGUUUGGGGUCUGGUUUUGUGUAUUUUGUGUAUUUUGUGGUUGAGAUGUUGAUGGCCUGGUUUGAAUUUUUGUUCCUGGGAGGUCGGGCUAGAUUGUGUUGGUGGUUGGUGUGGUGUGGUGUGGUGUGGUGUGGUGUGGUACGGUACGCUGGUUGGUGUGAGGGCUUGCCUUAGGUUGUGUGAGAGGGAAAAUGUAUAAAUAUGGAUAUGGAUAUGUAGAUGAUAGAGACCUUUUCAUCUUGAUUUUGAUUUUCAAGAUAUAUG